CAACCUCAACCUCCCGUCUUCUACCGCUUUCGACAGGUCGCCCAAAACAGACUAGCGUCACCUCCGUCCUUUUUUUCUCCGUUCAAAUUUUUCUUCUUCACAUUUCCUCCCAAUUCAACAUCUCCUCAACAUCUCAUUAUCUCCCCCAUUCCCAUCUUCUCCCACCCGCCCUUCUGUUUAACUCCUUUCCCUUCUCAUCUGUAAUACUAUUGUCUCUAUAUUCUCACUUUGUAUUUUAUUUUCGAUCCCUUAAUACUUUGAUUAUCCUCUCAUAAUGCUUGCGUCCCGGUUCUCCCGUGCGCUUCCUCGCGCUGCCCCCUCUUUUGCCCGUUCAUCCACCUAUAAACUUCCCUCUACAUCCUUCCGGAGAUGGAACUCGACAGAAGGGGGAGAGGAGAAGGUGAAGGGCCAGGUCAUUGGUAUUGACUUGGGUACCACCAACUCUGCUGUUGCUGUCAUGGAGGGAAAGACCCCAAGAAUCAUUGAAAACGCUGAAGGUGCACGGACAACUCCAUCUGUUGUUGCUUUCACCAAAGAUGGCGAGCGACUCGUUGGUAUUGCUGCCAAGCGUCAAGCUGUCGUUAACCCUGAGAACACCCUCUUCGCCACUAAGCGUUUGAUUGGACGCAAAUUCACUGAUCCCGAGUGCCAGCGAGACUUGAAGGAGGUUCCUUACAAGAUCGUUCAACACACCAACGGCGACGCUUGGGUUGAGGCUCAGGGCCAGAAAUACUCGCCUUCCCAAAUCGGAGGUUUCGUCCUCCAAAAGAUGAAGGAGACUGCUGAAGCUUAUCUCGGCAGACCUGUGAAGAACGGUGUCGUCACUGUUCCUGCCUACUUCAAUGAUUCACAGCGUCAAGCUACCAAGGAUGCUGGUCAAAUCGCCGGUCUCAACGUGCUUCGCGUUGUCAACGAGCCUACCGCCGCUGCUCUUGCGUACGGUCUUGAGCGUGAGCAGGAUCGUGUGGUCGCUGUCUACGAUCUUGGCGGAGGUACCUUCGAUAUCUCUAUUCUUGAAAUCCAAAAGGGUGUGUUCGAAGUGAAGUCCACCAACGGCGAUACCCAUCUCGGUGGUGAGGACUUCGAUAUCACCCUUGUUCGCAACGUUGUUCAACAGUUCAAGAAAGAGUCCGGUCUUGAUCUCUCCGGUGACCGCAUGGCUAUCCAGCGUAUCCGUGAGGCUUCUGAGAAGGCUAAGAUCGAACUGUCGUCUGCUCUCCAAACCGAAAUCAACCUUCCCUUCAUCACUGCUGAUGCUUCCGGUGCCAAACACAUCAACUCGAAGAUGACUCGUGCCCAGCUCGAGGCUCUCGUGGAACCUCUGAUUGCCCGAACCGUCGAGCCCGUGCGAAAGGCAUUGAAGGAUGCCAACCUCCAAGCUAAGGACAUCCAGGAGGUCAUCCUCGUUGGUGGUAUGACUCGUAUGCCCAAGGUUACCGAAUCCGUGAAGAGUAUCUUCGGCCGUGAGCCCGCCAAAUCUGUCAACCCAGAUGAGGCCGUUGCCAUUGGUGCCGCUGUUCAGGGUGCUGUUCUCGCUGGUGAGGUCACGGAUGUUCUCCUCCUUGAUGUUACCCCUCUCUCUCUUGGUAUUGAGACCCUUGGAGGUGUCUUCACCCGCCUGAUCAACCGCAACACGACCAUCCCUACCAAGAAGUCUCAGACCUUCUCCACUGCUGCCGAUUUCCAGACUGCCGUCGAGAUCAAGGUCUACCAAGGUGAGCGUGAGCUCGUUCGCGACAACAAGCUCCUUGGAAACUUCCAACUUGUUGGAAUCCCCCCUGCACACCGUGGCGUCCCUCAAAUCGAAGUCACCUUUGACAUUGACGCCGACUCCAUCGUCCACGUCCACGCCAAGGAUAAGGCCACCAACAAAGAUCAGUCCAUCACCAUCGCUUCCGGCUCCGGUCUCUCUGACUCUGAGAUCCAGAACAUGGUUGACGAUGCUGAGAAAUAUGGUGCCCAGGAUAAAGAGCGCAAGGCCGCCAUUGAGGCUGCCAACCGUGCCGACAGCGUCUUGAACGAUACUGAGAAGGCCCUUAAGGACUUCGAGGACAAACUCGACAAGACUGAAGCUGACCAGAUCAGAGAGAAGAUUGCCGCUCUGCGUGAGGUCGUUGCUAACAGCCAAUCAGGCGAGGCCUCCAUCACCGCUGAGGAAAUGAAGGCUAAGGUUGACGAGCUCCAGAACGCCAGUCUCACCCUCUUCGACAAGAUGCACAAGGCCCGUUCCGAGGAAGGCCAGCAACAACAACAACAACAAUCGACUGAGAACCAACAGGGUGGCGAGGGCGAGAAGAAGCCAUAAAAAUCUGCAUGUCAUCUUGAAAUCUAAGGGAGAAAAACGAAAGGCAAUUAACCGAUAUUUCUUUUUCCUUUUCUUCGCAUGAAUUUAUUUCCUUUGUCAUUUAGAGGUUCUUUUUCCUUCUUGUGAAUUUUCCCUCUCCUAUCUUUGUCAUCAUUCUCCCAUUUCAUUUCGUUUCCAUGUACACAUACCAGCCUUGUUGCGUUCUUUCCAUUUAACGCGCCCCAUACUUGGUGUUGGAGUUUGUUUAUCUUACGUGUGUUUUACUUUACUUCCUCUGCAUAAUUAACCAUCGUCAUCUUAUCCUCUUCUCGACAAAAUGUUUUAUCUAUAUGAUUUUUUUGUUCACGGUCACCACGGAAUUUGGGAGGGGGAAGAAGGCGAGAAACCCUGGCUUUUCUGCGAUUUUUUCUUAGUUUGUUUUUCCUACUUUUCCUUUCAUUUUUUGUCAAAUGGGUGAGGAGCGUGGCGGGUAAAACAAAAGGCAAAAAAAGAAGUAUCUGGUGUUAUUUCUCUGGAUGUCGGACGAAAAGUGAGCAGGGAAACGGGGGAGGUGAAAGGUGGUCGGACUUAACCAUAAUCCAACCGAGUCAGGAGCCGAUCCAUCCAUGUCUGCGCUGGCGCAUCUCAUUGUAUAGCGGACAACGGCGUCUGGAUGAGCAUGGUUUGGGUGGGAUUGGUUUGAGUUAGGAUGGAUGGGAUGGUAGAAGUGCAGCUUUACAUAUCAACCACCGUCUUGCCCUCAACUCUCGACUCUCCUUGAAACCCACCCCGCCUUUUCCGCUAUCGAAUGAUUAGAAUAUAGCAAUUCUCCUCUCUUAUAAUUUAUCAGUUGGCUUUCAUAUAGCAUUUCUAUUUCCGUGAACUAUUCCGUCCUUCUGGUGCUUCUCUCCCUUAUGCUUUUCUCUCCUCUUCCCACUCUCACUUGCCGUGUUCGGUAUUUCCCCUGUAGUCCUGAUUCACAUGCGGGAUAGCCGUCAGUCCAACUCGCUACCGUUAUACCUUGUAUCCCCCAUUCCCUAACUUCCCUCCACUCCGCCUUGUAUAUAUAUGUUUGGAAACUUGUAAUAUGCAAAUUCACAGUUGAUAUGUUAUCACUACCGAAUUUGCUUCUAGUACUACGUACUGAAAGUGAACAAACAAAUCAUAGCCCACUCAGCUGAGAAUACAUCUGCACUUUCACAGUCAGUUAUAGUUAACCCAGUUCCCACAGGCAAAGUCUUCCUAAUUCACUCUCCCCAUCUGUGAAUGCAUAUAUUACAACGGCCCCAACUCACUUAAUUCAUCUAAAGAGAAACAUCGAGUUGGCACGCAGCUUUUCAUAUCAUCAACACUUCCCCUUCGCAACGUGCGCCCGCCCCAUUCACUCCUUCCACUCACUAAAUUUGCACGAAUUCGUCUCUAGGAAUCGAACCAAUUAGGAGAUAGGAGCAACGGAUAAAAGAUAAAAAGGCGAGAACAUACGCCUUUUAUCUCACUGCUCAGUUUGCUAGUUUGCAAUUUCAGCCACCCUUCAUACUACUACCCCUUCAUAUACUUCGCUUCAUACAGAGCAUAUCAAUUCCCAUCCCUCGAAACAGCGGCAGACUCAACAUCCAGAUACCGAAAGGAGCAAAAGGAAGACGAGAGGCUAGCCCGUUCUAAAACAAGCAAAAUCAGCAACA